AGGAUAAAUCUCCCUGUGGGGUUUGGAUAGAAGGUGCCAUUACCAAAGGGGGAGGAAAUCUAAUUGUACAAAUGACUCUAGCAUUCAAGAGGAUUACAUUGUGUUCUGAAGAGAUGUUCACAUUUCACACCUACACGUGGAGGCAUAAUCAGGUUUCAUAAUAAUUCCCAUGUCUGUGUAACAGGUUCUGUAAGGGGGAGCCCCACAGCCCUAUCUAAAUAGCCAGACUACGCCACCUUGGGAAUUUCACCCAGGGAAUAUUAAGUUCAAUUAGGCAUACCAGCCUUUGAAACACAGGUUCAAACACACCACACAGGAGUAGUGAAUCCCAUAAUCAUGUGUUUAUUAGAGAGAUAAGGUUAGUCCAAAAGUAGAAAAGGUUUAUUAUCACAAGUUUACCAUUAAAAUCAGGGCCCAGACAGACGGCACUGUUAAAUUAGUAUGGGCAAACACACUAGGGAAGGGAAUGAUGCAAAAGUGAUGAAAAGCUAAUUUUCUCAAAGAGGCACAUUUCAUACACAAACAUUCACGUGGGAUUCUAAUUCAGUGAUGACUGGGCCAAAUCCUGGUUAUAUGGCAUAUCAGAUAAGAUGCUGGAAAUGCAACUAAAUAUUAGACCUGAUUAUUGCUUGAAACAGGAAACAAUAAUUUCUUACAAUAAUUACAUAUAUGUAAAGGAUAAAAGCUGACAAUUGGCCCUGUGUUCAAAUGCAUGUUGAAACUUGAUUUUAUAUCAUAAAAUUCAACAUUUUCCUCUCCUAUCAUUUAUCUCAACCAAAAUGAUAGGCCGACUCAUCUUAUUGUUUGAAAUCAGUGCAAUGUUAUCCCUCAUCUAUGAAACAUCCACAAAAAGAACUAUUCUACUGUCCAAUAAUUAAAAAAAAUAAAAAAUGUACAAAUUGAACCUGUUCAUCAACCUUUUCAUACACUUUCUAGGCAUCGUGGUGAAGCUAAAACAAAAGUAGCUCACUGGAUAGGUGGAAUAACAGUCAAUUAAGGUAAAUAUUUAAUCAGUUAACAUCUUUUUGUAAUAGUGUUGAUAAAACACAUUUUUCAGGUAUCGUUAAAACUUCCAGGCACGACCUUGCCGGUAAUGAAAAUGUGACGUCAAUACCUGGAAACAGUAACUAUGUGGUAAAUCGAAUGUUUAACAUUCUAUGGAACUUUAAUUUUAUGAACUAGAACACACUUGGGUCAGUUCUUUUUGAACACCACAGCAAGCAGGCGAUUGCAAUUUUACUCCACAAGCUUCUCUUCUCCAAUUCAAUAUUUUAGUCUGUUCUACCAGAGGGAUAUUUUACAGUUUUAUUUUCAUAGUUACAUUGCUUAAUUGUUGGGUUGACGACGCUACUUAAGAUUAUUGAGAUAUUUAGUUUGGGCUAGUAAAAACGACUUUGCUAAUACUAGCUAGCAUAGCUAACUAAAUAUUUUGAUAUUAAUUUAUUGGUAGGUGAAGGCUGGGUGGUCAGUCAGUUAGUUAAAAAAGCUAGCGAGAUUAUUUAACUUCUUCCUGUAACUUCUUCAUUUUGAAGUAUUUUUUUCGUAUAACCUCCAUUCUUGUAUUGGAAAUGGAGAUUCGUACUAACCCCUUUAGCAGGUUUUAUGUUCCACCAUUUAUUUGUGCAGCUAGCCUCGCUGCAACAGCGAUGGGGACCGCGGUUUUCUUUUACAGGUGGCGGAAAGAAACGGCGGAGAUCGGGACUCAGACGGAGUGGGAGACCGUGGAGGUUGGGAGCCAGGCUGGAUGGGAAACGGCAGAGCAGGGAACCCAGUCGGUUUGUGUGACAGCCGAGGCUGAGACUCAGUCCGUUUGGGAAACGGCUGAGGCCGGGACCCAAGCGGAGGGGGAAACGGUCGAGGCUGGAACUCAGGCUUACUGGGAAACUAGCGAGGCCGGCACUCAGGCGACGUGGGAAUCUGCGGAGGCCGACACUCAAGCGGAUUGGACUGACGUGUUCUUCCUUGCGAUGAGGAUGGCAUCCCACAUGGGCCUUCUGGAUGCUGAGCUUGGACCAGUGCUGCUGUGUGGGACUCAGGAAGUCCAGAACACACGACUGACGGUGGGGUUCGAGCACGCUGAGUGGUUCUCCAGCGGUCCGCGGUGGGUGGAGGUGAAGCUCACUUGCACAGAGAAGCUGGAUGAGUCCCUGAAGAGGCAGUGGUUUGUCCUGACCAACACUUUCCACGUCGAGACCCCAGAGGGAGGCCGUGUGCAGUACGCUUCAGUGAAUUGGCCUUCAUAUUGUGUUGUUUUCUCUAUCCAGCGCGACUGUGGUAAGAUCAUCCACGUGUCAUCUCACAUGGAGACGGACGCCACGUUUUAUUUGGAGAUGGCUGGAGUCCUGAUGGUCGAGACGUCUACGACCUUCAAGGGGAUGACCAUCGCUGCAGAUGGAACGGUGUCGACCACGGAGCGAACUCACACCGUCAGUGUCCCCGCUCCUACCUUCCCUUUUCCUCAGCCUGGCUUCUCUCCUGAUGCUCCUGAUGCUGCUGGGCCUGAUGUUCCCUGUCUGGACUCUGCCCCCGGUCCUGACGGUGAUGCUGCCUCCUCUGCUGCCGCUCCGAGCUCUGCUCAGGGAUCAGGAGACAGCAGCCUGCUGCCUGAAGCCACGCAGGUUCCCUCCCUCUACCACCUCUUCCUGUCCACGGCUCUGGAGGACUUUGCUCUGAGACUUAAUGGCCUGAGAGAAGCGUUUGCUGUUUUGCUCGCCAAGGAACAGGGUGCCAAUUUCGUCUUCGUCGCCGGGAAGAUGAUCUUGCGCAACGUGGCCACUCUCAGCGGAAAGGAUGCUGGUGUGUUUCAGCAGGAGUUUGACCAGCUGCUGGCCUUCCUCCAGUCUCACACCAUUGAGACGGAGCUGCUGGAGGUUGGGAUUCACAGUGUCAACUUGCUGGACGUGGUCUUUGAGAUGGUGUUCUUCGGGGAGCUUGAAGGGGCUCGUGCCAGGCUGGUCCCUCGGGCACAGGGUGGGUUCCUGGAUCAUCUGGUGACAGUGGUCCAUGCCUUCCUGCCCUCUGAGGUUUGGCCACACCAGGCGGCAAGAUGCUGGGAGCUGCUGCGGGCUGACGUGCUGGUCUUCCUGGUGGACAUCUUCUCCCUGGACCUGAGCGUCUACAGCCGACCACAGGACCUCUCAGAUGUGCUCUUCAGCUGCCUGGAGCAGCGCGUGGACCAGCUGCUGAGCAGGAUGCCUGCUCCCUAAUAUCCUUUU